CAACGAGUAAGUAUCCAAUUGGGCAUGCAAAACGACCAAACAAAAACCCUCAGGAGCAUCCUCUCCGGAUCCUCUUUACGAGGAUCCUCUCAAAAUUCUUUUUAUGAGGAUGCUGGGAAUCCUUAAAUUAUGUCCGUUCAUCGUAUAUUGUGCUGCUAGUUUUCAUCAGGUACUAUUUAUAUUUAAUUUAAAAUAAAAGUAUUUAAAAUGAUUACUGGGCGCACGAUGUACGAUGAACGAACACGAUUUGAGGAUCCCCAGAAUCCUUACAAAGAGAAUUCGGAGAGGAUUCUCAUUCCAAAAACCCCACUAUAAAUUCUCCACUUUAGUUUCUUUCACAUUUUGUAUCCCCCUUCUAAAGAUAUUCCGAACAAAAAAAAAAAAAAAGGAAGAAGAAAUGGCGAAGCAUAUUAUCACCUUCUUCACCGUAGCUCUCCUCCUCAACCUUCAACUCACAACCUUCGCUGCUCGUCCAGUCCCUGCUGCUUUCACCAACAACACUCUCAAAACCCAACACCAAGACAUAGAAGCAAAGAUCGCUGCGGCGGAGGAAGGCGGGAGCUGCGAAGGAGUAGAUAAGGAGGAGUGCCUGAUGAGGAGGACGCUGGCGGCUCAUUUGGAUUAUAUAUACACCCAGAAGCACAAGCCUUGAACUCGUGUAACCAAUUAAAAUUAUAUCUCUUUCUUCUGUUUUUUUUUUUUUUUUUUUUUUUUUUUUUUUUUUUUUUGUUGGUGAAAAGCCAUGCAAUAAUAAAGCAUCUAUAUGUUCAUACUAAAUAAUAGCAACCUUAUCUGCAGAUUUCCCAAAUUUCAUAAACUCAAUCUUUGUUUGCCAAGAAAGAUAAUGGAUUUAAUUAGGAUUAA